CAGGCGGUCUGGCAGCGCUGGCUUGUAGUGGCCUGCAAGCAAUUUGCGUUUGGCAAACGCCGACUUUUUGGCGUCGCAAAAAACGCGCUUCUCGGGAAACCUGUCAACUUUUCAUUGGCCAGGCAGUGACUCCCGCACCCCUAGGUAUAUUCCGCAGCCGGUAUUGUGCGUAAGGAGUGCAGAUCUAGCGGCUAACCCGGCGGUUUGACCACCGGAUUGUCCUUAUCGGGGAUUCUUCGCGUCUUUUGUGCCGGAAAGCGCGGCUUACUUUGGGUCGGCGAUCCGUUAGUACACAGGCAUCCGGGACAUGGAGGAGGAGGUCAUGGCCAUCGGCGGUGGUCCGCCGGAUCCGCUGUCGAUCAAUGCCGAUAAAAUCAUCACCAAGGCGGCCAGUGUGGACGUGUUCGCCAAUCCCUUCAUCCAAAUCACCCUUCCGGGACCGGAAUCGGCCUCGGGACGUGCGGAAGCCGACAUCCUUCAGCGGGCCGAGGCGGAGAGGCGUCUCAUCGCCUUGGUGCGCCGCCAGCCGGCCUUGUACGAUUCGCGACAUCCAAAGUUCCAUGACGACGUGCAUCGCGAGAAACUUUGGCAGGGCGUCGCCUGCCGCCUGGCCAUGGAUCUGACCAACUGCCUGGCGGCCUGGGCGGAGCUGCGGUACCGCUACCAACGCCAUGUGCGCCGCCUGAGGGCCUUCCAGCGCAAGCGCAGCGGCAACCGUGGCCAACGACCUUGCAUGCGGCACGAGGAGGAGCUGCUCUUCCUCUAUCCCCAUGUGGCCCGGUUCCCGCUGACGGUGGAGAAGGUCCAGCCGGCCGAGGUGGUCGAUACCAAGGCGGCCAGCGACGAGACUGAGGCGCUGCCUGAUGUGGAGUUCGUGGAACCACCGCCCGUGGACAUCAUCGAUGUGGAUCUCGAAGAUGAGGCCGCCUUCCGCUGCACCAAGGAUCAGCGCCGCCUCAUCGAGGCCGUGCAGGCCUAUCCCCAGCUCUACGACAGCCUGGCUCCCGGCUAUGACAAUACACGCCAUCGCGGCCUCAUCUGGGGUGCGAUCGCCAACGAGCUGCAUGACAAGGCCACCAAGCUGAUGAAGAGCUGGCUGAAUCUGCAGACACGCUACGAAUGGGAGCUGACCCAGCGGCCCGAGCAGUGCGGCAACUCGGAGCUGUGUAAGUUGAUGGAAUUUCUGCGACCGCAUGUACAGCGCCUGCGCGGCACCGUCUGCAAGGCCUCCAAGUACCUGCAGAAGGGCUGGCACGAGCCCAUCGAGCACUUCCGCAGCGUGAUGUCGCUGAUCAAUACGAUGCGCAACAUGCCCGAUCUGGUGCAGCUGACGGACGAAUCGCUGACCUACAAGGUGAAGCCGGCGCGCUACGAUGAGUUCUGGCAGAAGGUCGGCCUCGAGGUGAUGGCCAGCUUCGAACGCUGCGAGGUCACCUGGCUGGUGCUGCGCUCCUUCCACCACGAAUUGCAGGCCAUGCGCCUGGCGGGCUACCAGCUGCAGGACAAGUGGUACUUCGAGAACGCGCUGAGCAGCAUCUUCAAGCAGGUGAACGCCCGCACGACGGCCCGUCAGAGCUAUAAGCGUAAGCACAACGGGGCCGUGUCGAUGCCGGGCGAGCCGUCGUCCAAGAUGUCGCUGCCAACGCUACAGACACCGCCGCGCCUGCCACUGGCCAUUGUCUAUCCGCCCGCCACGAAAACUAGCAGCAGCACUACGAGUAGCAGCAGCAACAGCAACAGCGUCGUUGGAACCAACACGGCCAUGCUGCCCACCAUCACGAAUGUACGGAGCUGCUCGGGCCCCGCCAUCACGAACUCCAACUCAAAUGCGGCCCCAACCAGCGUUAGCUCAACGGCAGCCUCUGAUCCAUCUGCUCCCACGUUUAUGAUACCCAAAAUCACCUCCGCCAUGAGCGUGGCAUCGGGCAAUAUAGUGCCCAUCAAGCUGCCGCCCACGCUGCGAAUUGCACCCAAGCCGGUGUCCGCCAUGGGCAUGGGUGUGCCCUCCAUCCCGGCCAAUAUUCAGCUUUCAGGCGCGAGUAUCACGCCAGUGCGUCCAACGUUACCGCAGCGUCCUGGCCUGCAGGUGUCCAUUCAGACCAAGCCGACCAUACCCAAUUCCCCGCAGAUGCCACCGGCAGCAGCCUCUAGGAGUUUGAUUAGGCCAAAAAUGCCGCCGCAAAUGGCUGUUGGAAUAUCCGUUCAGCGCUAUCCGCCAGCCUCGGCUCUGGGAGCGCUGCUUAGCGAACCGCCGCUUACGAAACCGAUUCCGCCGCCAGUAUUGCAAUCAGCUCCGCCGGCGCCGGCCCCGGCCCAGCAACUGCCCACUUUGGUGCCCAAAAAGCCAACGAAUAUGGUGGGCAGCAGUGGGCCAGUUUUGGGAACCGGAGCUCCGAUGGUGCGUAUUCACCAGCCGGGAGUGCACAGCGGUUGGGAUGCCAACAAACCGAUGGGAUCACUACCAACGCCUUCUGUGCCUGCACCAGCAGCAGCAACCACUAAUGCUACAAUAAGCGCCAAUGCCUCGGCGGCAACAUCGAAAUGGAAUUCACUAAUCAGAGUAAAUGCCAAGCCUGUGGCAGAAUCAGCACCUUUGCCUUCAGCUCCUGCAGCCACAAGCAUGAGUACGGGGCCUAGAAUAAGUACGGGAGCAACAGUAAGCAAAGCAGCUGGCAUAAGUACAACGGCAACGCUGAGCACAGGAGCAGCGAUUAGUAAAGGAGCUGCAGCAGCAACACUAAGCUCAGGGGCAACCAUCAGCCCAGUUCGAGGAGCAGCCGCCUCAGCCUCGCCUUUAGUACAAGCUAAAGCCAACACACCGGUUGCAACAGCAACAGCAACACCGCCCAGAGCUGCAGCAUUAGCUGCCACUGCAACAGUGGACAUAACGAAUGCAGACGAUGUGCCAGAGACAACACCUACGGUAGCCACAUCAGCUGCAGGUUCCACGCCAGCCACUGCAAAACCAGUGGCUAAUGCACAGCCCAAAGCUAAUGAGAAGACCGUAUAUAAUGCGGUCAAUGCCGUAGCAACAGCGGCUUGCCAGCCAGACAAGGAAGCAAACAGUAGCUUAGAGAUUUCAUCAAAGGAUAUUCACGUGGUGUUGCUGGAGAAUCCCGCCACCGGCAACAUGCUGCACAUUUUGUGCGACAACCAGACCACUCGCUACAAUCUAAAUAUGGUUAGGACGGCGACGCUGAUACGCGAGGUGAUGGCUGUGCCCCAGCUGCACAAGAAGGAUCCCCAGCUGGCGGCCAAGUGUGAUGAGUUCUGGAAGAUCAUCGGCAAGAAGUUUCACAUGCCAGAGGACGCUUUGCGGGCAGUUUGGAAGUUCCUGGCGGAGAACAUCAGUGUGUUCCCGACUAUUGCGCCCAUGUCGGAGCUGAUGCGUCCGUUCAAGGCCAGCGUGAAGGUGUGGGAGAAGUCGCACCGCUUGUUCAGCAAAUUUGACGAAAUAGCUCGCAAGUACCUAUGGAUGGAUCACAAGGAGGUGCUGCCCGAUGUGAUCCGCCACUUUCGGCACCAUGAGCACCUGUACUGGGAGAUGCGCAAGCCGCGGCCUGGCGAAGAGGCUGUAACUCCGCGCCAGUACACGGAUCAGGAACGGCAGGAGGUGUGGCGCGAGGCCCGCAUCAAGUUCCCCAAUCUCAACCAUCGGGACGUUUGGUCCAUGUUUAAGUUCGCCUUCCGCACGUACAUGGAGGAUCUGGAGCGCGGCAUUGAGAAUCCCUGGCCGCAGAACUGGUGGCAGGCCCUGGAGCAGCUCAGGUUCCUGGCCGACGUGCGCUACCAUCCGCUCGAGCCCUACUACUACAUUGUGCACAACAAGAUCGCCGAGGAGGUGAAGCGCUGCAGCAUGUACGAGGCUCUCAUGUCCGCCGAUCCCGCCGAUAAGAAGAAGCCCACGCCUGCGGCCCUUUUGGCCCGUCUAAGCAAGGAGCCCAUGCCCUGGGAGACGGAGGAGGCCAAGCGCUUGCUUACGGGCAAGUUGAGUGUACCGAAGAGCGUGUUUGCGAUGAAUUACAUCCCCGCAGCCCGACACUUGAAUCCCGCUGCCCCUCCCAUUCCCGUACCUGAUGACACGCCCCUGGUUGCAAAGGCACCCGCCGCGGAGAAAGCACCAAGCGACGGCGCCAUAGUGCAGCAGCGAAACGGCAGCGCCAAAGCCCAGAAACGAUUGCUUGUAAUGCAACGCGUCGCCGGCAACCUGCCCACCAUCGAGGCCUUCGAGCUGACCCAUGUGCUGCGCCGCCAUCCGCACACCUUCGAGCGGGCCAGCACCAUCGACAAGCGGACCGCCUGGGUGCGCGUCUCCAAGGAGCUAAAUGCCACAGUAACGGAAUGCCGCUUGGGUCUGCAGUAUGCCCUGCGCGAGAUGCGCGUCCUGAAGAUCACGGACCCAAUGCAUCGCUGCACCAUGGGCCACAAGUACUUCCGGCACAUGUCCGAGAUCUACAAGCAGGUCAAGCCCAACGGCACGCUCACCGUGCGCACGCCGCAGCAGGUCAACCAAUCGCUGGCGGAGCCAACUCAGGAAGUGGAUCCGCAGCGAUUCGUGCCCGAGAUCAACCUGACCACCUGCAGCCCGGGCCUGGUGCUGAAGAACUGGGCCAGUGCCGUGGGCGACCUGUCCCACGACAGCCAGAAUAUGCUGCUAGGCAAGCUGACACAGCUGUUCGCCAGGUAUGCCGAGGAGGCCAACGUCAAUUGGGAUUACCGGGCACCGCCUUAGCUCUCCAAACUUCUCACACGCCGCACCUAAUCUUAGAUAUCUCUUAAGAACUUUCACCGCUCCAUCGACAACCCCAUCUCGCUCUCAAUUGUCAUUCGAUACUUAUUAUUUAUUUUAUGCUUGCAUGUAGUUGCAAGGGACGUUUUUUUUUUGUAAAAGAAUUAUUUUACGAUAAGUAAACACCUUAAUAUUUGAGUUUGAGUGAUUAGGAAACAAUAAACUAGACUCAAAUAAAAAUACAAAAAAAUGCAAAGAAAUUACA